GGGAGAGAGAAGAGUGGGGAGGACCCAGGUGGUGGUGGGGGCUCUCCAGUCCCACCCAGUUUAGGGAAUGCCCCUGCCUUCUCCAACCACCCCCCCUUCACCUGGCUCUUAAAGGGCCGGGCCCCAGACUGGCGGCUACUUAAGGCAGAGGGGCGUCGGCGGAUAGCAGCUGCGCUGCAACUGCUCUGGAGGAGCGGACGGACGGGGCAAAAAUCCUGACCAUGACCCCUCACAGGCUGCUGCCGCCACUGCUGCUGCUAACUCUGCUGCUCGCUGCUCGGCCAGGAGGCGCUUUGGCGCGGUGCCCAGGCUGCGGGCAGGGGGUGCAGGCGAGCUGUCCAGGGGGCUGCGUGGAGGAGGAGGAUGGGGGGACGCCAGCGGAAGGCUGUGCAGAAGCUGAGGGCUGUGUCAGGAGAGAGGGUCAGCAGUGCGGGGUCUACACCCCUAACUGCGCCCCAGGACUGCAGUGUCUGCCUCCCAAGGACGACAAGGCGCCGUUGCGGGCACUGCUUCUGGGCCGCGGCAGCUGUGGCCGGGCCCGCGCGCCCGCGGUUGUAGAUGAGAAUCCUAAGGAGAGUAAACCCCAAGCAGGGACUGCCCACCCACAGGACACAACCCGCAGAGACCAACAGAGGAAUCCAGGGACUUCUACCACUCCAGCCCGGCCCAAUUCUGAGAGUGUCCAAGACACCGAGAUGGGCCCAUGCCGAAGACACCUGGAGUCAGUGCUGCAACAACUCCAGACCGAGGUCUACCGAGGGGCUCACACCCUCUACGUACCUAAUUGUGACCACCGAGGCUUCUACCGGAAGCGGCAGUGCCGCUCCUCCCAGGGACAGCGCCGAGGUCCCUGCUGGUGUGUGGAUCGGAUGGGCCAGCCCCUGCCAGGGUCUCCAGAAGGUGAAGGAAACUCCCCUUGCCCCAAUGGGAGUAGCACCUGAAGCUGGUGGGUGCCAGGGGCUGCAGGGCCACUAGCAGGAGCAUGGGGCUGUCAUCUUGGGUUAUUUGUUGAGUGAUGACUAAUGCAGGGGCUCUGAGCUCUGUGAUCCAGCCUCUGGUCCUGACCCCUUGCCCCCUCGCCCAUGGCCCUUACACAUCUGGUUGGAGAGAUUGUUGGUGUUGGCUUCGGUUGUUAAUAAAACUGUACUGGGGGUC